AUGAAGGAAGAGCUGGCCAACAAGCAGAGGUGGGUUGAGCCAGAACCGCAAGAGCCUCCGGCGAGCGUGGACUUCAUCAGAAGCCUCCCCGACGAGAUGUUGGUAACCAUCAUAUCCCUCCUCCCCAUCAAAUCUGGCGUGCGGAUAAUUGUCCUCUCCCGGCGGUGGCGCCCCUUCUGGCACUCCACCACCCUUGACCUCAUAGACAAAGAUGAGCUCUACAGCAAGGAGUGCAAACGCUUGGACACAUUGUCCCACAUCCUCGCCAUGCACCCUGGGCCGGUCAGACGCCUUGCCAUCGGCAAGUUCCGUUCCAACUGCAAGGCCGAACCCAGGUUUCAUGACUGGUUCCUAUCACCAGCCCUAGGUCGGCUCGAUGAGCUCAGCUUUCAUGCUGGACAUCCGCGCUCACUGCCGCCAUCCGUGCUCCGCCUCGAACCCACGCUGCGCCGCACUAUGUUCACGCAGUGCCUUUUCCCCCAGAUCGAUGCCGCGCUGAUACGUCUCCAACUGAACACGUCACAGGCCUUGCCUAAAAGAUACUGCCUCCACUACUUCAAGGCAUGGACUAUCGACACCAAUUCCAAGUCGUGGGGCGGCUAG